UGCUGUGUUUACAAAGUGGUGUUUACGUUCUGUCAGCGACAGAUUCGCCAGCCACGUAACUUGUGAUAACAGUUUGAAAUUUAAUUUAACAAAUGUGAUAACUGAUAAGAUAAGAACCUGAAUAAUUUGGUGAAUUUUUUCAAGUUUUCAGUUAGCCUGUCAGCAAUUUUUGCGGUACUCCUCUUACGUAACCUCACCCCCAUUGAACUAUGCCACCGAACAAGAGACCUCCCAUUUACUUCACCAAGCUUUUCAUCAAUGGUGAAUUUGUACAUGCCAAAAAUGGUAAAACUUUCCCCACCGUCAAUCCAACCACAGGAAAAAAAAUCAAUGAUGUCUCUGAAGCCGACAAGGCGGACGUAGAUCUAGCAGUUGCAGCUGCUAAAAAUGCCUUUAAAUUGGGAUCUGAAUGGAGAAGUAUGGAUGCCUCUGCGCGAGGCAAACUGAUUCUCAAACUUGCGGACCUGAUCGAAGAAAAUAAGGAUUAUUUAGCAAAUUUAGAGACUCUAGAUAAUGGAAAACCGUAUGAAGAUUCUCUUUUUGACAUGUCCUGUGUUGUCGAUACCUUCAGGUAUUUUGCUGGAUGGGCAGAUAAAAUCCACGGAAAAACCAUUCCAGUCGAUGGACCUUACUUCAGUUACACGGUGAGAGAGCCAGUCGGUGUUGUAGGUCAGAUCAUUCCAUGGAACUACCCUGCUAUGAUGAUAGCAUGGAAGUGGGGACCAGCCCUAGCUGCAGGUUGUACCACUGUAUUGAAACCUGCUGAACAAACUCCGUUAACUGCCUUAUACAUCGCUUCUUUGACGCAGAAAGCUGGAUUCCCACCUGGUGUCAUCAAUGUUGUCACGGGGUAUGGUCCAACAACCGGUGCUGCUAUUGCAUCUCACCCAGAUAUUCACAAAGUUGCUUUCACCGGCUCAACAGAGGUUGGUCAUUUAAUCAUGGAAACAGCAGCAAAAACCAAUUUAAAGCGAGUCUCACUAGAAUUGGGUGGAAAAAGUCCGUUAGUAAUUUUUGAUGAUGCAGAUGUGGACGAAGCCGUAGAGAUUGCACACAAUGCUAUUUUUGCAAAUCAUGGUCAGAAUUGCUGUGCUGGCUCAAGGACCUUUGUCCAAGAAAAUAUUUAUGAUGAGUUUGUGAAGAAAGCUGCGGCCAAAGCCACCAGUCGGAAAGUUGGAGAUCCUUUUGAACAGGGCAUUCAGCAAGGGCCUCAGAUUGACCAUGAGAUGUUCAAUAAGGUGCUCAACAUGAUUGAAUCCGGGAAACGAGAGGGAGCAAAACUGGAAGCUGGAGGUGGUGUCCAUGGAAAUGAAGGCUAUUUCGUCCAGCCCACCGUCUUUUCCAAUGUGACCGACACCAUGAGGAUAGCCAGAGAGGAGAUUUUUGGACCUGUGCAGUCUAUCUUCAAAUUCAAAACCAUGGAAGAAGUAAUCGAGCGUGCUAACCGGACCAACUAUGGCUUGGCAUCUGGUGUUCUCACUAAAGAUAUCAAUAAAGCAAUGAAGUUUGCCCAGUCAAUUCAGUCCGGCUCAGUUUGGAUUAAUUGCUACGAUGCCGUCGUCCCUCAAGCUCCAUUUGGUGGUUUCAAACUCUCUGGUCAAGGAAGAGAACUAGGAGAGGAUGGCAUUGAUGCCUACGUUGAAAUCAAAACUGUAACAAUGAAGGUGCCAUCAUGAAGAACUCGCAGUUUACUACCAUGAAGUAUCACUUUCUACCGGAACAUUCCUUUAAAAAUACUAAAAAAUAUUGGAAAAAUGGUUUUCCUAUUACUCUUAAUUAGGGCUCAAUUUAGAGAGGGAUUAAGAAGGUUGCAUUCCCAGCGGCAAACAACAGCAACAAGAUAGCACAUUUUGGAAAAGAUUAUCUUUUUAUAAAAUUUUGUGCUCUUUAGCUUUUUUACAUAUGAUGAAAAAAAGAAGCUAUUACUUACUUUCAAACUUUUCGGUCAGAAAAUUAAUGAUAGACCAAAGUAGAAAAAUCGAAAAUCCAGCCCGGGUCUUUUGAUCAUAGUGGUGUGCUGCAAAUUCCGGAAAUGUGCUUGCCAGUAUUCCCUCUAAAACCAUUAAAAGUGACUUGAAAAUUUCGUCUAGAAAACGCUUUUUUUCUGUGAUACAUGACUCCUGAAAAUUUGUGAAUUGUGAUACGAUUCCCUGUGAAUGGAAUAAUCUUCCAGCAGUUUCCUCUCCAAGUAUAUUUACAGUUUGGAGGGGGGCAAGUUUUUCUUAAAAAAAUUUCUCCCUUACAUUGUUUUUUUUUUCUUUAUAAUUUUGAAGAAGUUCAGAUAGAUGCAUAGGGUGAAAUUUAAUCAAUUACCAUGAGUUACCUUCAUUAUAAAAAAACCAAUAAAUAUUAUAGUCUCAGUAACAAUAUUCUUUUUUCUAUUAAUAUUCGUGUAAUACUCAAAAUUAUCAAAAUGUAACCAAAGAAUUUUGUGUCAAAAUUGAAAUUGUAAAAAGUAAUUGUUGAAUAUUGAUCCAACGCUCAAAUAUGUUUAUCAUAAGACUUCUAGAAUAUUAUUUGUUUAUUUUUUGCAGACGA